CUUUACUUUCUCUGUUCUUGUUCGUUUUCAUUCAUUCAUCUAUCUAUCUAUCAGUGUGUAUUUGUGUUGUUAAUUUUAAAAUUGAAAGAAAGCGAUGCAAGGCGGUGAUGAAGUAAACAUUGAAGAGCUCGCCUCUAAUCUCUCCAUUUAUAAAGAUCAACUCCAACAGGUUAGACAACUUUUAAAUGACGAACCCUCUAAUUCUGAGUAUGUCGACAUGGAAAGGGAACUCUGCGAGGUGAUUGCUUUGACCGAAGAACUCCUCGCAACUGCAAAGCAAAAUGAAGUAUCCGGUGCCAGUGCAUCUCCGGGUUUAUCAAGACCCAAGGAGAAUAACGAGGAGCUUGAUGGCCCCUAUGAUCAUCAAGAGAAAUUUCCUGUUGGCACCAAAGUUCAGGCAGUUUGGAGUGAUGAUGGGGAGUGGUACGAUGCAACAAUUGAGGCUUACACACCAAAUGGUUAUUAUGUUAGCUAUGAAAGUUGGGGUAAUAAAGAAGAGGUAGACCCUGCUAAUGUUAGGCCAAUUCAAGAAGGUACUGUUGAUGCUUUGGUAGAAGCUGAGCGAGUUGCCGAAGCUACAAAGCAGGCUAUCAAACGGAAAAUUGCACAAGCUGCAUCUGUUGAUUUUCAGUCACGAACUCUACCUGCAAAGCUUCGUAUAGAGCCCGAUGACCCUGAGGAUGUGAAAGCCACCAAACGGAAGAAAAUACACGCCUUUAAGUCCAAGAUGCGGAUGGAACAACUUGAAGUCACACAAAAUAAGCGACAAAAUGCUUGGCAGCAGUUCCAGUCAACCAAAGGAAAAACAAAGAAGAUUGGUUUCUUCUCGGGAAGAAAGCGGGAGAGUAUUUUUAAAUCUCCUGAUGAUCCUCAAGGAAAGGUUGGUGUGACUGGAAGUGGGAAAGGUUUGACAGAGUUUCAGAAGAGAGAGAAGCAUUUCCAUCUCAAGGAUGGUUCAAUCGAGGGUGAUGAUUAAGUUAUAAUUAUUAUUAGCCCUUCGAUUGUAUGUAUAUAACAUGCCCAAACCACUCAUGUAGAGGCUGUUUGAUGCCUCAAACAAAACGAACGAUGCAUGUUAUUAUUACCAAGUGAAAUGUUGAGACUGUUUUAAGAUUA